AUGAAUACAGAUAGCGACCUGUAUGACCCCGAUGAAGUCCUGCCUAGGAACAGCCCGCUCUUGCAGCCGCUUCGUCCUACGCUCCGACCGCCGACUCCGAGCCCGCCGCCGAUCACCUCGCCCCAGUCCAUCAGUUCCGCUUCUAGCUUUGGUGACAAGAAACCGCGUGUUCGGAUGCCGAGACCAACCUUGGGCGAUGGGAUCCUGAUUAGCUACCUGGACAACCAUCGGCAGCACGACAUCGCCCUCCAAGCCAGCGUGAACGGUUUGCCAUGCGAGCCCGAAUCUCCCGCGGAUACCGAUCUCAUCGACGACACCGGCUCUUUAAACAGCGCCGUUUCGCCGGGGGGCCGACGGUCUGGCAGGGACAACGACAAAGGCGGGGGGACAUACACGAGCUCGAGAAUGUCUGUUGAUCCGCCUGGGCUGGAGAGUUUGGGAGGGUUCGAUUUGAAAAGUCUGGCGGCAGGUGCCUUGGCUGCAGUUAUCACGGACGCGCAACCUGAAGCCCCUACCGCCACGGAAACGAAGCUACCUGAUACUGAGGCUGGUUCUGGGUUACAAAGACCACAACCACCACCGGCACCACCGGCACCACCACCACCAGUACUCAAGGCGCCGGUAAUACCGGUGCGAUCAAACUCCUUCCGGGAUGAGCGUCCUGCCGCCAUAUCAGCACCGCCUCCGGUGCCUUCAUACGGCCCUAUCUCUCCUCGCGAGCAAGGCCACCAUUCUCCCAGCAACAGUAUCACAUCGGCAACCCUCAGCGAAGGUUUGGCCCCCCUCAAGCUUAACUCGCUGAGGUUUGAGAACAACGGACCGACGCUUCCGUCCAUCCGAUCUACUUUUGGGGACAUCAAUCAGCUUCGUACCAACGUUGCUGCUGAGCAUGAGAGAAUGCGGUCUGCUACCUUCCCACGGUCUCCUCCUGCCACCACGCCGCGAUUGCCUUCAUUAGGCGGCCAUGGCUCGCCGCCACCUUUGUCACCAGUUGACAGUUUUCGGGGACCCCUUUCCCCGAGCCACUCUCUUGUACACCCAGCAGCAAGCCCUCCAGGGACCUAUGGCGGGUAUUAUGCACAGAUGGGCAGCCAUCCUCGGCAAUCCGACUAUGCGAGCAGUUCAACGGCCACUCCCGGUUCUGAGCAAUCGGCCUCCACCCCCGGGGCAAAUAAUUCUAAUCAUAAUAGCAUCGACCGAAUAGGUUCGAUACCGCUGGAGGGCGUCACACACAUUGGGACCUAUGUCUGCAAAUUCAGCGGGUGCAACGCCCAGCCGUUUGCUACUCAGUACCUGUUGAACUCCCACGCCAAUGUACACUCUUCUGCCCGGCCACAUUAUUGCCCUGUUGCGGGGUGCCCCCGUAGCGAGGGAGGCAAAGGAUUCAAACGCAAAAACGAAAUGAUACGGCACGGUCUAGUCCAUGAUUCACCGGGAUAUGUGUGUCCAUUUUGCCCUGACAGAGAGCACAAGUAUCCAAGACCAGACAAUCUUCAGAGACACGUUCGUGUACACCACGUUGACAAGGAUAAAGACGACCCACUACUCCGCGAUGUACUUUCACAACGGCCCGACGGACCAAGCAGGGGAAGACGACGACGAGGUGGCCCUGGGUGA